AAAGAAACAUGGUGGUUCGUUUGCAUCAUGUCGAAAUACGUUGUCAAAAUCUUCAGCAAAGUUUGAGGCAAUUAUGCGGACACUUUGGGUUUAGAGUGCUUGCUUCGUCUUCCUUUCCUAAUCGGGUCACUCUGAACCGGGACUCUAUAAACUUUGUUCUGAGCGAAGGCGCCGGUGAGCGAGACACCGUUUACAAUGUUGCCCUUGAAGUCAAAGAUGUGAAAAAUGUGGUGGAUAAUGUAGAAAGAAAUGACGGGAAAAUUAUCAAAAGACCAGAAACAUUGGCUGAUAGCAAUGGAGUGGUGGAAUCUGCCGUUAUACAAACUCCUGUAGGGAACGUUGUUCACACAUUGUUAAAUGCUUCUGGUUACAACGGUGUGUUUUUGCCGGGUUUUCAUCGAAGUGACAAGAGAGCGUUACGCGAAGGAUUUGAUUAUGUAACCCCAUCGAUCACGUCAAACAAGAAUACAGUGAUUGGCGAUCGUAUUUUAACACACUUUGAUCACAUUACGUUUGCAUGCUCGUUAGGGACUUCUCAGGCGAUAAUGAAAUGGUAUGAGCGAUGUUUUGGGUUUAGUAGGUUUAAUAUCAGCUCUGACGAGAAAUCGGACGGCUUCAUUGUGCAGAGCUCAAUACAAGGAGCGAGCAUCGGGAUGAAGUUGGCAGCCAUGCAGUAUUGGUUUUGCUCGGAAUCAGAGCUGAGAAUAGACACCGAUGAACCAGGAGGAGGCGUAAAGUUCGUUUUCGCAGAACCUCUCCCUGGACAAGAGGACACAUCUGACGAGAUCAAUCUCACUUCACAGGAAGAUAAAGUGCAGGAAAUAAGAGAUGUAGGAGAGAGUGUGGAGUCUCUCCAGAAACAUGGUAUUCUGUUGGAUGCAGAGAGCUUCACCUCUAGCAAAAGCACUGCCUCAUCUUUGGAAAAUAUGAAUGUAAACCAAGAUGCUGACAACAAAUAUUUGAUGCAGGUUUUUACUAGACCACUUUUUAACAAAGAAACCUUUUUCCUGGAGGUUAUCCAGCGAUGUGGGGCUACAGGAUUUGGAGCAGGCAACAUAACUGCUCUGUGGAAAGCCGUUGAUUCAUAUUUGAAUAAGAAGAUCUAAUUAAAAAAAUUUUUAAAAAUUAACAGACAUCUCAAUUUUGAGGGUCCAACAUAGGUUUGGCAGGAUGUGGAAUGAGGCUUUAAACUGAGGCAGAAUGUGGGAUAUGAGAAAUUUUAAAGGCGAGAUGUGGGAGUCAUGACCUCAGAGACAUGAAAAAGUAUUUAUUCUCUGUUUAAAAGGGCUUAAUGACUCCUAAAAAUGGAGCGUAAAAGUAAAAUGAAAUUCCCAUGAUUAUUUAUGUUACGUGAUUUGUUUGUUUGGGUAACACGUGAUGCAAGUCAAUAAAAACCAUGGCAAAAGUAA